CUUGAUGAAGUUUAGAAGUACUGUGUUUCCUUAAUAUUUAUCACGUAUUAUAUUAGUUAUUACAAACAAUUUACGAUGAAUAGCUUUGCAAGCAGAACUGAAAUAAAGAAAAGAUCGACUGAUAUGCUUUAUAUUUUAAAUGUAUUUCCGAACUAAAUGUUUAAAAAAUAUCUUAUUUUUCAAAGUUCAUAUUAUAAGUCGAGAAAACUAAGGGCAUAAGACCUUGUUUUAUCUACUCAAAAAGUAACACGUAACAAAGUAGGUUAGGUUAGAAAUUUUUUAUGGAAAAUAUAAUACGCGUGCUGGUAAUUUUUGUAUAUACGCCAUUUACUCAAAAGAAUGUAAUUUUUCUGUUUCAAAACAUCGUUUUUAGUAGAUAUUAUUUAUUUCACACUUAAUUCUCCAAGUAGUUAUUUAAUAAAACAAAAACUAAAUUAUUAUAUAGGAAUGUCUCGUCUAAGGAAGUGAAUUUUUUAUUAAAAUACGUGAGGUAAUCACAACAUUCAAAUACCUACCGCAAAAACUAUCAAGAAAUUAUAUUAUUUCAAUUAUCGUCGUUUUAUUAGCAUGACAGAAUCGAAACCAUAUUUUCACUAACAAAGUAAAAAAAGUAAUAGUUCUUAGAUUGAUCUAGUAAAUUUGAUCAAUUGAAAAAAACGUUUGUUUUCUCUUUAUACAGUUACUAGUAUAAAAGUUGAGAAAUGCAGAUUUCACUGUCAGUAAAAUUCGAUACCUUCCCAAGAACAACAUGAAGUAUUCCACUAUUUGGAUAACGUGGUUGUCCAUAUGGGCAGUACACGCUCAGAACACAACAAACUUGUUAUCCAAAACAAAAAGAAACUUGUCUAGAGAUGUCCAAUCUUACGGAGAGUCCGGUUUGGUUUUGCCAUACAACGACAAUCCGAAAGUCUACUACGAGCCGAAGCAGGUGAACACGUAUCAAGUAAGACCUCUGGCAUUAGUAGAUCUCAGUCAACCAGUUAAAGUGAUUGAACCGAAAGUAGCAGCUCAGCAAGUUUUAUACGAAUUUCAACAAACUCCAACGGAUGCAGUAUCAAAUGUACACGUGAAACAGCUGUUUGAACAAGAUAUGAAACCGCCACCACAAAAUAACCCUCCGAACUUAAUAACUUCUGAAACUGUACAACCAGCAGUACAUCACGGUCAAUAUAUACAAAAUACUGCUCCUCCAUCUUUUAAUCCCAAGCAACAUCCGCUUUACGGUGUACAACCAACGUUUGUUGAACCAAAGAAAUACGUUUAUGGUAAAAUUAUCGUGGAUUCUACUUUACCCCAACAACAAAAUUUUCAUCAUCAUGCUAGUCCGAACGUGUUUUAUUCUAACCAUCCCUUUUCGCCGCAAGCUACGCACGGGAGACCUAUUCUUAAUUACGUCAAUCAUUUUCCAAGGAAUAAUAUAAUUGUACCAACAACCGAAGCUCCACAUAUUCCUCUCCAAAAUAAUAAAUUCAAACCACCUCCAAGAGCUCAGUACCAGCCAAUUGACAAACCAACUAGAGUCAAACCUGAAACAAAACCAAAACACAUUGAGAAACCAGUAGUUGAAAAUGAAGAAGCCGAAGAAGACGAACACGAAGAAAGAACUAACAAUAGGGAAGAGGAAGAAGAAGAACGCGAUGAAUACGAAUCAUCUCCUUUUGAAAAGUAUUUUGAUGAUGAAGAUAAUUCCGAAUACAGGAAUCAAGAAAAUUCUGAAGAUGACGAUGAAGUAGAAGAAGAUCCUAAACGUGGAUCUUCUAAAUAUGUAUCGAAGAGGGAAAAGUUUCCAAAGAAAUAUAAAAUGAUGAAAAGUUAUUACAAAUACAGCAGCGGUCCAGAUGACAGACACUACAAAAAUGAGGGAAGGAAACACAAAUCUAACAAGAACAAAAAUAAUAAAAAAUCCAAAUCACCGCCGCUCGAAUUGGAAGCAAAAUAUUCCGAACAUGUACCUGUUACUCACAAAAAGAAGAUCUUAAAAGAAAAAUGGUACAUUUCGAAAAGUUUAGCCGAUAAAGAAAGAUACGAUCACGAGUCUUAAGAUAUUGGAUUGAUCUAAAACAUGCGACCCCAAAUAAGGUAUUGAUGUACAUAACAAAAACUUAACAGGUAAACUUCCAUUACCUGUCAAAGUUGUUCGUUAUUAUUGAUUAACCUAAUUGUAGAUUAAACUGGUUGUUGUAUUAUCUAAAUAUGGUGUUAUAAACCAAAUAUUAUUUAUUUUUUUUUAUACCAAAUGUUUUUACUUUAUGUAUAUUUGUAUAUUAUCUGUUAAUAAAAAUACGAACUUACCUA